CGCGGGGCGGCCAGUUUGCCGGGUGACUCUGGUGUCAUGGCCGCCGCUGCCGCUUGCAUGGGCUGGUGUUCGUGGCUGAGGUGGAGGGCAAAAGCAGAGCGGGUGGCGGCGGCAGCAGUUGCCUCUGCGGGGAGCAGAGGCAUGGGGCCCUGGCUAAGGGGGCCGGGCUGCUCUCGACUGGCGCGCUGGCGGCCGGCGAGAGGCUUGUGCAGCUCCGCCCGGGGCCGCAAAGGGGUGUCCGUGGACUUGGGGAGUAGGAAGUUGGAGAUUUCUUCUGGAAAGCUAGCCAGGUUUGCUGAUGGAUGUGCUGUAGUACAGUUAGGUGACACAUCAGUGAUGGUGACAGCAGUUAGUAAAACAAAGCCUUCGCCAUCUCAAUUCAUGCCUUUGGUGGUUGACUAUCGACAAAAAGCUGCUGCAGCCGGAAGAAUCCCCACCAAUUAUCUGCGAAGAGAACUUGGUUCCACUGAUAAAGAAAUUCUUACUAGCAGAUUAAUAGAUCGGUCAAUUAGACCACUUUUCCCGGCCGGCUACUUUUAUGAUACACAGAUCCUUUGUAAUCUUUUAGCUGUAGAUGGUAUCCAUGAUCCUGAGGUGCUGGCAAUCAAUGGAGCUUCUGCGGCCCUUACAUUGUCAGAUAUUCCAUGGAAUGGUCCCAUCGGUGCUGUGAGAGUAGGACUGAUUGAUGGAGAAGUUGUCAUUAAUCCCACCCGCAAAGAAAUGUCCUCCAGUAUUUUGGAUUUAAUAGUUUCUGGAGCUCCCUGUAGCCAAAUUGUUAUGCUGGAAGCCGCAGCGGAGAACGUAUUGCAGCAGGACUUCUGUCAUGCCAUCAAAGUGGGCAUGAAGCACACCCAGCAAAUAAUCCAAGGCAUACAACAGCUGGCAAGAGAGCAGGGCAUCGCCAAGAGAACAGGACACAAGUUAUUCACUGCUCCAGAGGAGAUUGUGGAAUGUGCAAAGCAGCUUGCCUCUGAAAAACUCACGGCAGUGUUCUCGGACUUCAAGCAUGAUAAAAUUUCAAGAGAUGAAGCAGUUAAUAAAAUAAGGCUUGAAACAGAAGAACAGCUGAAAGAAAGGUUUCCAGAGGCUGAGCCUUACGAAUUCAUUGAAGCAUUUAAUGUUGUUUCCAAGGAAAAUUUUAGGAAUCUUAUUCUGAAUGAAUACAGAAGAUGUGAUGGUCGAGACCUAACUUCACUUAGAGAUAUCAGCUGUGAAGUGGAUAUGUUCAAAACGCUUCAUGGAUCUGCACUGUUCCAGAGAGGUCAAACACAGGUUCUCUGUACGGUUACAUUUGAUUCACUGGAAUCAAGUGUGAAAUCUGACGUUAUCACAACAGCUAUAAGUGGAAUAAAAGAGAAAAACUUUAUGCUCCAUUAUGAGUUCCCUCCAUAUGCAACAAAUGAGAUCGGUAAAGUUACAGGCAUAAACAGAAGAGAACUUGGCCAUGGUGCACUUGCGGAGAAAGCAUUGAAGCCAGUGAUUCCCAGUGAAUUCCCUUUCACGAUAAGGGUUACUUCAGAAGUAUUGGAGUCCAAUGGAUCAUCUUCAAUGGCUUCCGCAUGUGGUGGGAGUUUAGCGCUGAUGGAUGCAGGAGUCCCAAUAUCAUCUGCUAUAGCAGGUGUUGCUGUGGGUUUGGUUACCAGACCUAGUUCUACAAAAAAUGGAGACUUCGAGGAUUACCGCUUGCUAACAGACAUUCUGGGAAUAGAAGACUAUAAUGGUGAUAUGGACUUCAAGAUGGCUGGAACGAAUAAAGGAAUAACUGCUUUACAGGCUGAUAUCAAGCUUCCAGGGAUACCUCUAAAAAUUGUAAUGGAAGCUAUUCAGCAAGCCACAGUGGCAAAGAGAGAGAUCUUGCAAAUUAUGAACAAGACCAUUGCAAAACCCAGAGCAAGCCGAAAAGAGAAUGGACCCCUUGUAGAAACCAUUCAAGUGCCAUUAUCAAAAAGAGCAAGAUUUGUAGGUCCCGGAGGUUAUAAUUUAAAGAAACUUCAAGCUGGAACAGGGGUCACUGUUAGCCAAAUGGAUGAAGAGACAUUUUCUGUGUUUGCUCCAACACCAGCUGCUAUGCAUGAAGCACGAGAAUUUAUUACCGAAAUCUGCAAAGAUGAUCAAGACUAUCAGUUGGAAUUUGGAGCUAUUUAUACAGCCACAAUAACAGAAUUGAGAGAUGUUGGAGUGAUGGUAAAAUUGUAUCCAAACAUGACUCCUGUUUUACUUCACAACUCACAGUUGGAUCAAAGAAAGAUUAAGCAUCCUAGUGCUCUGGGAUUAGAAGUUGGUCAAGAAAUCCAGGUGAAAUAUUUUGGACGUGAUCCAAAUGACGGCAGAAUGAGGCUUUCACGGAAAGUGCUUCAGUCUCCAGCUACAUCUGUUGUAAAGACGCUAAGUGACAAAAACAAUAUCGUAGUGGGAGCUGCAGUUACAGAAUCUGCUAGUUCGCCAUCGUAGUGUGUUGUGAACACACAGGAGCCCUUCUGGGCUUAUUAGUAUUGUGGUUCUUUGAAAAAAAUUGGAACAGCUGUCUUGAAAUGGCAAACUCUCAUCGGGCAGGUUUGGAUACCACAUAGACAUAUUAAAGUUGGUAUAAAUGUUAUUGGAUACCAGUUGAUCUUCAGUUUUUCUGAAACUCCAUGAAGUUGGCUGUCUCCUUCUUCCCUAUGCAGAAAUCAUAAGUUCAUAGCAGUACUGCUAUAAAUCAUGUACCACUUGAAGGAUGGACGAUGUUUCCAGACUAUAUCAAAUAAGUUUGUCUGCUUAAUGUCUUGCCUCUGUUACUCAAGAGGUGCAUUAAGCAUCUCCCUCCCCCUCCACUCUUCUUCAGUGUGCUGAUUUGCUUCCAAUGAUGUUUUAGUCACACACAAAAAUCCAGCUCACUUUCUCUUGUGUAAGUUUUUAUACACUUGGAAACAGGAAAUAGCCUCUAAAAACACAUUUGACUUUGCAGUAGUUUGAAGCUCUUUCAGUAGAAUGUUAACUGCAUCUUUUCCAUAAAGAAACACAUGAAAAUGUUAUAAAACUGAAAAAGCUGCACAGCAUGAUUUGCAAAUAAAAAUUUUUUAGGUGAUAAGUGUUUCUCAACUGAAUUUAAGCAGUUCUCUAGACUGGAGAAGCUCAGGGUGAAUUAGAGGGAUCACAGAAUCAAUGUAUUUAGAUAGGAGUUUUAUUUAAAACAUACUCUUUAACAGAUUUUUAAAAAUGGAAUAUAUUUCAAAUACUGCCUCCCAGUGCACCCUGAGUUGGCCAUUCCACACAGGGAGAAACAACCCCAAGGGAACCCUCAGUUCCAUUCCCUGAACUGCCACCUGAUGGAGAGAGGUAGGUAAUUAGGUAUGAGCCAUAGGAUUAAGUGACCAGGAAGGGAAGAUCUAUGGUCUACCAGCUCCUGUUCAGAAAAAUAAUUGGCACAAAUAUAUUGAAAAAUGCAACAGUUGUAUUAAAACACAAGCCAGCAAGCUUUAGACUUUUGAAAAGCAUCUUGAGAACCUGGAAAUAUUACUGUAAAUCUCUUGGGACAUUAAUAGAAACUAGCUUAACCUGCACAGAGCAUCUGCAUGCUAGUAUUUGAUUGCUUCCCUCACUCCCUGCCACAGCCCCCCUCACCUCAGAGAUCUCUCCACCCUCACCUGAGCCACACUCCUGCUGCUCUUCCUCCAUCCCAUUGCUUCCAUCCCCCUCACCUCGCUUGGUCACUCCUCCAUCCCUUUACUCCAUCCCCCUCUCCUCUCUUGGGCAUGGCUCCAGCGUUACUGGCACCUAUUGGUCAAGCUGCAGCCUCCUAUCCACAGAGACCUCCCUACCCGAGCCUCACUCCUGCUCCUCCCCACAGGAGCAGCAGUGGUUGACCGGGCCGUUCCUCGCUGCCACCACCGCCAUGGCCACUCAUUCCCCUCAGGCCACUAACAGGCCCGGACCCAUCCCUUGCCUGCCUGCCUCCCUCCCUCCACUAAUGGCCUCGGUAGCCCCAAACAGCAGCAGUGGUUGACUGGACUCUUUCUUGCGGCACACUCAUUCCCCUCAGGCUGCUGACAGGCUUGGGCCCAUCCCUCACCCUUCCUUCUGUCUCUCUUUCCCUCCCUUCUUUUUCUCUUUCUCCUCCGCUCGCUCCUCCCCACUUUUUCUACCCCCUCCCUUCAUGUUCUCUCCCUCCCUCCCUCCCUCUCUGAGUUAACAGAUCUUGUUUCCUCAUCUAAUUCACACAACGGCAGCCUCCUUCUCCUGAAGGGACUCUUCCCUCCCUCAUGACCCCUCUGUUCGCAGCCCGAUAUAGAUAUAGGUGUGUGUGUGUGCGUGUGUGUAUGUAUGUGUACACACACACACACACACACACACACACAGAUAGAGAUUCCUCUCCUCUACAAUCAAGAACAUGUUCUGUGAAGUUUCCGACUGACCUUAACCAUCACAAGCUCCUCCUCACUAUCUGCAUAUGGAAUCCCCACUGCCCAGUCAGGUACUCUUGCUUGCGAACUCUCGUGAGAGCUGCCACAUACAGGAUUAGCCACGGGUAUGCCUUAGAGAAUUAAAUGUAUAGAUGGUAAGUAUGAUGACGUGGAAUGGCACAAGAAAAAAAAUUAACAAAACAUCAUCCCUCUAUGGCUUUUUAUGAUUUUUUUUAAAGCACACUAUUCAUGUAAGGAUAUAUAUUAUAACAUUUGCAUAAUUAGCUGUGGGGGAACUUGUAUAUAAAGGGCAAUUUGGAAGCUAUACUAAAAAUAGAAUAGUCCAAAAACUUCCAAGAAGUGUGAAAUACGCUGCCAUGUUUGUAUAAAUGUUAAGCUCCAAAGCUAUUAAUACUUUGAAAUACUGUAUAACUUGCAUUUAGCUCUGCACUUUCCAAUGGAAGUGUGAAGUGCCAAAGGGGAAGACAAAGAAAAGCAGAAUCUGAUCACUCCAAUAUUUUAGGAUGAAUUGCUGUUGAAUCCAGAAUUUUUUUAAAAAAUUAAGUAUCUAGAACUGUGAAAACAGUGGGAUCCAAUAUUUUUUUUAAUGAAAAAUGUUUACCCAGCACUAGAAAAUUUGAGUCAUGAAAUGAAUUCUAUUCAUGCUGGCUUCAAAUUUGAAAGGUACCCAGGGGAUGAAGGGGAGCCCUUUUCUAAUAUGCAGUCUCUGGUGCUAACAUGAUGAAAAAAGUGAACAAAUAUAUAGAGAUAUAACACUUGAUGGCCACCAUCUAAUAUACAGACCUACAUCUUUAAAUAAAAAUGCAGAUACGAUAUCAUUAAAUUGAUGAGCCUAUACCUGUGUGUUAGCUUGUGACUGAUGUGUCUAAAUCAGAAGAACUUAAGUUAUAAGUUGGGAGAAUGUAAAUGUGAGCAUUUGUGUUUGAUUUUUAUGGUCCUAUUUUUGCUACUUAAACUAUUAAAAUAUAUUCUCUCUGUA